AUGGCAAGACAAAACCAUUCGGUGUGGCUCCUCGCCGCGGCCGCGCUGCUCUUCGCGGCCACGGCGACGGCGCAGGACAACUGCUCGUCCGCCAAGUUCCCCGCGGGGCGGUCGUUCCAGCGGUGCACCGCCCUGCCCGAGCUCGGCGCCAGCUUGUACUGGACGUACCACCCGGCGAACGGCACGGCCGACGUCGCGUUCCGGGCGCCGCAGAGCGCCGGCGGCUGGGUCGCGUGGGGAAUCAACACCCAGCGCCCCGGCAGCAUGGUCGGCAGCAGCGUGUUCAUCGCCUCGCAGGACGGGAACGGCGCGGUGCCCGUCCUGACGACCUACCUGGAGAGCACGGCGCCCAGCCUCAGCAACAACACCUUCAAGCUCGCCGUGCCAGCCGGGCCGGCCGCCGUGUACUCGGGCGGCACGUACCAUCUACGCGAAGUACUCAACGUUCCUCAGACGGUAGCGCUGCCGGGGAACAGCACGGUGCAGAACACGGUGUGUCAGACCGGGCCGCUCAGCGGCGGGCAGAUCGCGCAGCACCCGACGUCCCCGGCGAACCUGCGGAGCGCCCAGAAGCUGGAUUUCCUGUCCGGCAGCCGGAGCACGGGGGCACCUAGGAUGCACCGUCGUAACUUGAGGGAAUUUCUGGGAUAAAAAUUCCCUAUCAGCCGUCCAUUAGGGUCAAAAAAUUAUUGUUGCUGGCGCUUGUUUACA